AUGCCACGAGCUAAGCGAGCCAAGGUGGUGUCCCUCACCAGGACCGACAAGAAGACCAAAGAGGACAAGGCCAACCUCAUCGACAAGGUGCGCGAUGCUGCACAGGAAUACCCCUACGUCUGGAUCCUCGGUCACCACUCGAUGCGCAACAACUACCUCAAGGAGGUACGAGACCUAUGGAAAGGCAGCAAGAUCUUCUUUGGCAAGCUCAAGGUGCUUGCUCUCGCGCUUGGCAUGACGGAGGAGGAGGAAGUGAGGACAGGUAUCAGCGGCAUCAGCCAGCGUCUUUCGGGUGAUGUUGGUCUGUUGUUCACCGAGUCUUCGCCCGCCGAGGUGAUCGACUGGUUCAAGGACUACCAGCGCGAGGACUUUGCACGAGGUGGAUCGAAGGCGACGGAAACCAUCGAGCUACCGGAAGGACCCGUGAUGGCCCGCUCCAACCCACCAGACACACUGCCGCACCCCGUCGAGCCACAACUCCGACAGCUCGGCAUGCCCACAGAGCUCAAGCGCGGUAUCCCCACAUUGCUGCAGAGCUACACCGUGUGCAAGGAGGGUCAGACGCUCACUUCGAGCCAAGCACAGGUCCUCAAGCACAUUCUCGUUCACAUGGCCCACUUCCGACUCAUUCCUUUGGCGUAUUGGAGCGCGGCGGAUGCAGAAGAGGACAAGGGAGAGCGCGGUGUGCACCUGAUUGAUUUGUCGAAGGAGGAUCAGGCGCUCGUGGGCAAACAGGCAGGCAAGAUGCGCGCACCGACCGACAACGGCUGGUCAAGAGACCGUAAGAGCAACGGCGCCGCCGGAAAGGCCAAUAGCGAGGACGUCGAGGAGGAAAGCGAUGAGGAGAUGAACGACGAUGAGGACGACGAGGAUGACCAGGAUGCCGAAGACGCCGUCACAAAGGACAUGAUGAUGCCAGAGGGACUUUAG